AUGAGCAUCGCACGUAAUAAAAAAACGGAAAGCACUCUUCGUGCCAAAUGGCCUUUAGCAUCGAUACUUGAUGACGCUCCGCAACAUCCCUUCGAUGAGUGCGCUCAUCCGGGCACUCGUGGGAAUGGAAUCGCUUCCCUUAAACGAAUUAUAACAUCUAGGGAACUAGUUCUUGGAGCUACGGGUGUCAUGGUCAAGAUCGUUUGCUACUUGGUUAUAAUUUGUCAUUCGCCGAAUAGAUCUGCGUGA